UUCCAAAACGCGGUCAAGCCUAAACAUCGUUCAGCCAUCCGUUCUUCAGUUUCCUCCUGAAUUUAUGUGCGCAAAUACACAACACUUUACGGUAUCGCGUGUUUUCUGGUAGGGAAACUUAUGUUAUACUUGAAAAGAUCGGAGAAAAGUUUUCUGAAGUUAGAGCACAUUUUGUCAUUUACUAGCUGACUGAGGCCAUGUCAGCGGUGUGGAUCAGCUCCUCUCUACUGAGGUCCAGGGCAACUCACCUCAGACAGCUCAGUGUGUUCUCUAGAAGGGCUGUGUUACAACCUCUACAGGUGGUCUCCUCACUACAGAAGACAUGGACACCUGGGAACCCAACCUGGUGCUGUAGAUCCCUCCAUGUGGACAGUCCCCCUGGUCCCAGGGCAGAGCUUCAGCUACGUCCAUGGGGCCUCCUCAGUGUCCCUGCUGGGCCAGACGGUGGGUCAGAGUUUGCAGGGGCAGCUGACCGCUGGCCCAAUAGAGAGGCUCUGGUGUUCCUGCAGGAUGGAGUCCGUAAGACCUUCUCCCAGUUUCAGGAGGACGUUGACCAGGCCGCUGCAGGUCUCCUGGCCCUGGGUCUGAAGAGAGGGGACAGACUAGGAGUCUGGGGGCCCAACACAUACCACUGGAUCCUGUUUCAGUUCGCCACAGCCAAGGCCGGCAUCAUACUGGUGUCGAUAAACCCAGCCUAUCAGCUGAAGGAGCUGGAGUUCACCCUGGGGAAGGUGCAGUGUAAAGCUGUGGUGUGUCCCACCCAGUUUAAGACCCAGAGGUUCUGUGACAUGCUGAGACAGAUCUGCCCAGAGAUGGACACAGCAGAGUCAGGGGUCUUCAGGAGCUCCAGACUACCAGACCUGCGUAUGGUGAUUGUGACAGACAGCAGACAGACAGGGACUGUACAUGUAGAGGAUGUGAUGCAGGCUGGAAGCAGACAGCACCACCAGGAGCUGCAGGACCUGCAGACCAAACUGUCCUUCGACGACCCCAUCAACAUACAGUUCACAUCCGGAACAACAGGAAGUCCUAAAGGUGCCACCCUCUCCCACCACAACAUCGUCAACAACGCCUAUUUUGUGGGUCUACGUCUGGGAUUCAACUGGAAGCCUAUAAGAGCGUGUGUUCCUGUUCCCCUGUACCACUGCAUGGGCUCAGUGUUAGGAGCGAUGUGUUUGGCACUGCAUGGCAUCACCCUGGUCUUCCCCUCUGCUGGGUACGACAGCCGUGCCAACCUGGAGGCCAUUCAGAAUGAAAGGUGUAAUUUCCUCUACGGAACUCCUACCAUGUACAUUGACAUGCUUGGACAGCCUGACCUACACAACUAUGACCUGUCAUCAGUUGAAUCUGGGUUUAUGAGUGGGUCUCUUUGUCCUCCUGAAGUCAUGAGGAAACUCAAAACUGAUAUGAAUGUCAAUGAUAUGAUAAUAGGCUAUGGGACCACAGAGAACAGCCCUGUAACAUUCCUUGGUUUCCUGCGAGACAACGAGGAACUGAAGACCGAGACGGUGGGAUGUAUCCUGAACCACACAGAGGCGAAGGUGGUGGAUGUGUCCUCUGGAGAGGUGGUUCCUCUCGGGGAUCCAGGAGAGCUGCUGAUCAGAGCUUACUCUGUUAUGUUGGAGUACUGGGACGACCCAGACAAGACCAGUGAGGCUAUCGCCAAAGACCGCUGGUACAGAACCGGUGACAUAGCCAGUCUGGACAGGUUUGGGUACUGCCGUAUAGUGGGACGUAUAAAGGACAUGAUCAUACGUGGAGGAGAGAACAUCUACCCUGCUGAGAUAGAGAAGUUCCUUCACACCCAUCCCAACGUACAGGAGGCCCAGGUGAUUGGUGUGAGAGAUGAGAGGUUGGGGGAACAGGUGUGUGCCUGUAUCAGACUGAAGGAGGGACAGGACUGUAGCAGAGAGGAGAUCAGAGACUUCUGCAAGGGACAGAUUUCUCACUUCAAGAUCCCCCACUAUGUGGUGUUUGUGGACAGCUAUCCACUGACUGCCUCUGGAAAGAUCCAGAAGAAUAAACUGAGGGAGGAGAUGGAGAAGAAGCUGGGUCUGUGAUGGACAGAGGGACCUAGACAGACUGGGCUAAUAGCAACCCACAUUGAGCACCGUUUACACCGUCAAUACGCACAAAGAUCAUCCGCAUCCGAAUCUGAAUUACAACCACUGACAUUUAGUUGUGGCUGCUGCCAACAUUUUAAUUUUUUACUAUUUUGUCCUCUGGUGGGUAAUAUCUUCAGAUUAAUCACGUAACUAUUUGACAAUCAUUUUGUUCAAAUGAAAUGAGGCAUUUCCUUGUUUACCACAGAGAAUCUACUGUGGCAAUUGACCCUCCCCAUGUUAUGAAUGGAAAGGUCAUGUUGGUGUACCUACUUGUAUUUCCAAUGUAUGUCAUCCAUUAAUGAGUAAUACAUCCAUUAAUAUAAUCCAUUAAUGAGUAAUACAUCCAUUAAUAUAAUCCAUUAAUGAGUAAUACAUCCAUUAAUAUAAUCCAUUAAUGAGUAAUACAUCCAUUAAUAUAAUCCAUUAAUGAGUAAUACAUCCAUUAAUGAGUAAUCCAUCCAUUAAUAUAAUCCAUUAAUGAGUAAUACAUCCAUUAAUAUAAUCCAUUAAUAUAAUCCAUUAAUAUAAUCCAUUAAUGAGUAAUCCAUCCAUUAAUAUAAUCCAUUAAUAUAAUCCAUUAAUAUAAUCCAUUAAUGAGUAAUCCAUCCAUUAAUAUAAUCCAUUAAUGAGUAAUCCAUCCAUUAAUAUAAUCCAUUAAUGAGUAAUCCAUCCAUUAAUAUAAUCCAUUAAUGAGUAAUACAUCCAUUAAUAUAAUCCAUUAAUGAGUAAUACAUCCAUUAAUAUAAUCCAUUAAUAUAAUCCAUUAAUAUAAUCCAUUAAUAUAAUCCAUUAAUGAGUAAUCCAUCCAUUAAUAUAAUCCAUUAAUAUAAUCCAUUAAUAUAAUCCAUUAAUAUAAUCCAUUAAUGAGUAAUCCAUCCAUUAAUAUAAUCCAUUAAUAUAAUCCAUUAAUGAGUA